ACUCAACUCUGCUUGCUCCUCCUCCUCCUACAAUGUAUAACCAGGCAGCUGAGGACUCUGGCUGGUCAGCUACUCACCCACAUUCAGUACAGGACCUGGGAUUAAGAGGACAACUCCACACACACAAUGUCAGGAGACAAGAUCACAGGGACGUUGGCUUUCACUGUCUUCACUGCCGUGCUCGGUUCCUUCCAGUUUGGCUAUGACAUCGGGGUGAUCAACGCACCUCAGGACGUCAUAAUAUCCCAUUACCGACAUGUUUUGGGUAUUGCGGUGGAUGACCGAACAGCUACCAGUAACGAUGCUGUCAACAGCACAGACUUCCCACUCAUAGUCACGCCAGCACCUGAGACCACACCCCCCUGGGCUGAAGAUGAAGAGGAGGCUGCAAGAUCUGCCACCCUCAUCACUAUGUUCUGGUCUCUCUCUGUGUCCAGCUUCGCAGUGGGUGGAAUGGUUGCCUCAUUCUUUGGUGGGUGGCUAGGGGACAGGCUUGGAAGAAUCAAAGCCAUGUUGGCAGCGAACAGCCUCUCUUUGACUGGAGCUCUCUUGAUGGGGUGUUCCAAAUUCGGACCAUCACACAUCCUCAUCAUUGCUGGAAGAAGUGUAUCAGGACUGUACUGUGGGCUAAUUUCAGGACUGGUUCCAAUGUACAUUGGUGAAAUCGCUCCAACCACGCUCCGCGGUGCCCUGGGCACUCUUCACCAACUGGCCCUUGUCACAGGCAUUCUCAUUAGUCAGAUAGCCGGCCUCAGCUUUAUCCUGGGCAACCAGGAUCACUGGCACAUCCUACUUGGACUGUCUGCUGUACCAGCUCUCUUACAGUGUCUCCUACUACUCUUCUGUCCAGAAAGCCCCCGGUACCUUUAUAUAAAGCUGGAAGAGGAAAUCAAAGCGAAGAAAAGCUUGAAGAGACUAAGAGGAACUGAGGAUGUCACCAAAGAUAUUAAUGAGAUGAGAAAAGAAAAGGAAGAGGCAUCUACGGAGCAGAAGGUCUCCGUGCUACAGCUCUUCACAGAUUCCAGUUACCGACAGCCCAUCAUAGUGGCACUAAUGCUGCACAUGGCUCAGCAGUUUUCCGGAAUCAAUGGCAUAUUUUACUACUCGACCAGCAUUUUCCAGACGGCUGGGGUCAGCCAGCCAGUGUAUGCCACCAUAGGCGUGGGUGCCGUCAACAUGAUCUUCACUGCUAUCUCUGUACUGCUUGUGGAGAAGGCCGGGCGGAGGUCCCUGUUUCUAGCUGGAAUGGUUGGGAUGUUUUUCUGUGCCAUCUUCAUGUCCGUGGGCCUCGUGCUGCUGGACAAAUUCUCCUGGAUGAGUUACGUGAGCAUGACUGCCAUAUUCCUCUUCGUCAGUUUCUUUGAGAUCGGACCAGGUCCAAUCCCGUGGUUCAUGGUUGCUGAAUUUUUCAGCCAAGGACCCCGCCCCACUGCUCUGGCCCUGGCUGCCUUCAGCAACUGGUUUUGCAAUUUCAUUAUCGCGCUCUGCUUCCAGUACAUCGCGAAUUUCUGCGGGCCUUACGUGUUCUUCCUCUUCGCUGGGGUCGUCCUGGCCUUCACCCUGUUUACAUUUUUUAAAGUUCCAGAGACCAAAGGAAAGUCUUUUGAGGAAAUCGCUGCAGAAUUCCGGAAGAAGAGUGGUUCGGCCCCACCACCCAAAGCUGCUGUGCAAAUGCAAUUCCUGGGGGGUUCGGAGACGGCCUGAGGGUGACUGUCUAAAGCCCAGGGACAGAGAGGGGACCACGGGGUCCCUCUUAACCAACCCCCUCAAGAGUGUACGCCUACACCCAAGAGUUUUGUUUUAUAUCUUUUGAAGAAUUUGUAGACUGAUCGGAAAUGUCAACAAAUAUUGCUAAAGAAAGUAUAUUUUUUUAACUUAGAGAAUCUAUUUUUUUUGACGGUAAAACGCCUAAUAAAGUAAACCAACGGGGCUCUUGUUAUUUUGGUACUCUACAGGGAAAGUGUGUUACGAUCUUACUAGCCCUGUCCGUUUUUUUUAAAACUGAAAUUGAAGUGCUUUUGAUAUAACAUAUCAUUGCUUUUUGAAGCAUGUGACUACUGAAGCUACAAGUGAUAUCUAUAUAUUUAAACAUAAUUAAAUUGGAAUUUUCUUAGUCAUAGAUCUGACACUAAAGGACAUGGCUGUGUCCGCAAGGCUCGUGUUCAAACUGACAUUACUGUUAUCCUUCCUCGGCCUCUCUCACUGUAUUAGCGUUUGUGUUUUGCUUAAAAUUAUUUCCCCAUAUUUUUAUAUAGGAUAGCUGAGUAUGUUAAACUAUAUUUGUGAUGAAAAACUAUUUUAUGGCUACCAAAAUCUUCCUAUAGUAAGAGAAAAUAUUUUAGUUUCUUUGAUGUAGUUUGUAACUAACACUCGUCUUUCCUAGCUGCAAAGCCUAGAUUAUCAGUUAAUAUUAGCGUCUAAACCAAGUUAGUUCCUCAUCACUUCAGUCUUUUGUGCUCUACUUCUUUUUUUUUUUUAAUUGCCCACUAGUGUUUUUGUCUGAGGUGUUAUAAGACACACUUAAACCAUCAGGAGUCAGGCAUUUUGUAUCCAAACUCUUAUAAACUGGAUCAAUCUCACAGGGAAAUUUGGAGUAACAGGUUGCUCUACUUGUUUUAAAUUUUUUUUUAAAUUAAGAUUUGUCAGAAGUUGAUUUUCAGACCUAAUUUAAAAAAUCCCUCCUUAAUUUCUCUGGAAAUACCAACUGGGCUCCCUGGCUCACAACAGUAAUUCAUUUUCAACUUUUUCUCUGUCUUGACCAUGCACAGGUCCUUUCUUUAUAAACUACCCUGUUGUUGGCACUGACAUCCACUGUGCCCUCAUGUGUGUGGACAGAUUGGAAAUACUGUCCCUAACUACAGUUAGGGACACACAGGCAACCAAAAUGUCUCCAAGCUGUUUUCCCUACAAAGUAGAGCAGGAGAAUAACCACUCAUGGAUGGCUGGAUGGCUGGAUGGAUGGAUGGAUGGUUGGGUGGAUGGGUGGAUGGAUGGCUGGAUGGAUGGAUGGAUGGAUGGAUGGAUGGAUGGAUGGAUGGAUGGAUGGAUGGAUGGAUAGAUGGAUGGAUGGAUGGACGGACAGAUGUAUGUUGGUGGAAAACUAUUAAUUUUUUCACUGGGGGAUCAAGUCAUUGUUUCACGCAGCCUAGUCUGGGCUCUUGAACUCCUGCCCCUACUUCCCAAGUGCCAGGAUUACAGACCUGUGCCACCAAACCCACCCAGUGAAAAGCACCUGUAAAAAAGGUACUCCUGACACAUGGAAAACCUCACUGAACACAUCUCUUUUCCUCCUUCCUGUCUCUCUUCCUUCCUCCCUCCCUCCUUCCCUCUCCCUGCCCCAUCUCUCUAUUUGUUUAAGAAAGGGUUUGUGUAGUGAUCAGUGAUCUGGAAUCCCUGUGUAGACCAGGCUGACCUCCAACUUGUGGUAAUCCUCCUGCCUCUGCCUCUAGGGUGUGGAAUUACAGGUGAAUGCCACCAUGCUUGACUCUUUCUUGUGCUUUGUUUGCUUAUUCUUGGUCAGACUUGCUCACAUACAUGCAGUCCAAACCAACAGGAAAUUAUUUCUAUCUUUUUUUAACUUUGAUUUUUUUUUACUCCUUUGUGGACAAUUUGGGUGACUUUUUUUUUUUUAACUUGAAAUUUCAGGAGCCAACCAAAAGUAAGUUUAAGCUGUGGAGACUUUUUGCUAGGCUCUCUCUCUGUGAGGCAUGGUUCUAAUCCUCUACUGCAUUCAGAAUGCUGACAGCCUCUGGGAAGCUCAUAAGUUCCAAUAAGUGGUACAGGAGCUGAAUAUUUUACAUGGAUGGAUGUGCUCUCUAUCAAAUCAUGGUCCCUGCCCCAUUCUCUGAGAGAAUAAAGUAAUAAAGUUUUUCAAAGGAAUCCCAAAGAUCACUUUUAAGUUGUAACUACUUAUUUUUAUCUGACCUCAAAUUCAAGAUAUUCCAGUCCUCAAGUUUUCUGUCUCAGAAAUGAAAGUAUCCUACAUUGUACCCUGGCUAAGAUGGGUAUUCCCCAUUCACACUGCACAUCUCAAGACCAACAGAUGCUCAAGGCCUUAGAGAAAGUGAAACAUCCUCCAUAGAUCCUAAAUCAUCUCUAAAUUUCCUAAUAGACAAUGUAAACACAUGCAAAUUGUCACUACGCUCUAUUGUUUAGAGAAUACUGCUGAGAAAAACAUCCGUGCAUGCUCAUUGCAAAUGUAAUUUAAAACUCCAUGUGAGGAUGCAGAGCCAUCACUAUCAAUGAUCAACCCUAUUCAUGUGCUGAGGAAACAAAGUGAAUAAAGCUUUAAAUGAUGGUGACCAAUGUACCAGUUAACAUAAUCAAAAAAGAAAAAAGAAAAAAAAAAAAAACUACUGGCCUUCAAUGGUAAACCACAAAGCUGCCACUACUUACAUUAAUUCCCAGGAAAAUUAGAUGUGAUUUUGAAUGUUCAAUUUGAGGUAUCAUUUUUGUAAUGCUAUUUUCAUACUCUACAGUCUUUACAAAGGUGAUUUUUCUCUCACCUUGUCUGAAGUACAACUGGACUUCUUGGUCUGGCCACAUAACUGUUGCACCUCAUUAUUGUCUGCUGUCUGGGCACCCAAGAAAGGGUUUUGUCUAAGUUUCUAUUCCCAGCCUUCCUGGGCACAAUCCACUCUGUAAUAUGUUCUGAGCUGUAGUGAGACAUUGUUCACACACUUUAUGGAACUUACCGUCCAAUGGAGACUUAAGAACAAGGGAAUCCAUGACCCAUGCAUGCCUUUCACUUUCCUUCAGAUGCAUUCACUGAAGGUACGUGAUAUCAUCUCCUACUUCAGCACACAGACCUGAGGAUCAAAUAUAGAACUAUAGGACCUAGGAUAGAGGGGUGCUCCACAAUGGUACUUAGAACUGGUGUUCACAGAAAUGCUGCCGAGAUAAAGACUGUGACAUAGAAGACAGAUCCAGUUGUUCUUUUAAAUAAAUGGAAUUUAUGAGUUCAAGAUAAUAUUUUCUUACUUCAAGGGAAAAAUAUCACAAGUCAAUGAUAAAAUACCAUGGAAUCUAACUUAAGAGUUUUUAUUUUGUUUUUAAAACAUGUUUUUGUCUAAGUUAUAUUACAUUAAGUGGUCUAUAUGUAAUAUUAUUUCUUUGGAUAAUAUUAAAUACAAAAUAAAAUGCUGCAUAUUGUAUUUAAAUGUUAUAUAUAUACAUACAUGUAUAUGGAUUACAAUCGCAGGACAAAAAUCAAAGCUUGUUGAUAAUUCCUUAAAAUUGUAAAAAUGUUAUUUACCAGUGUGUAUGUGCCAAAUAUGUUUUUUUGUCACCUUGUUGCACAAGCAGCAGAUAAACAAUUGUAAGGCAAUAUCUGUGCAUCCAGUGUCCUAAAUGAAGACAGAGCAUGAAGUGUGAGCUACAUGUUCCCAAGGUUUCCACUGUAUUCUACAUUGGGAUCAGCAGCAGGAGAGCCAGCCACUCUGAUCCCUCUAACGGUGUUUGUAUUGAUUUCUAACUUGUUGUACAUUUUAAAAAUUAUCAUAAAAUGAAACUGGCCUUAAGUUAGAAAUUUACAUACAACUAAUAUUUUUUGCCCAUAAGUACAUUUCUGAAUGCUUGGUGCUGCUUUAGUUUAUAUGGAAAAUACCCACGCUAAUAAAAAAAUUAAAAAUUA